ACAUCGUUUCAACUCUUCUCAGACUUUGGUUUUUAUCUCCGAAACCCGCUCAACCUUCAUCCUUCAUUUGCUAUGAGCUCGAGCAACACCCCUGCUUCUGCUUCUGGUUCUGGUGCUGGGACUGCCAUUGCUGCACCAUUACCACCACAGUCAGACCCGUCUCCGUCUGGGGUCUCGGUGGUGGGCAUCCUGGGCCAUGACGCCAUCCGCGUCGGUCACGAUCUGCUCGCGUCCAUCCCGGACGACCUCUGCCGCUCGCUGCCGUCCAAGCGCAACGGCAAGUUUGUCAUUGUCACCGACGAGACUGUCGCUGCCCUGUGGCUGCAGAACGUCGUCGCUGCGUUUGCGCGCGCGGGUUUGACGGUCGAGUCGGGCGCCGUGCUCGUUUUCGUCCUGCCACCGGGCGAGGUCGCCAAGACGCGCGAGUCCAAGUCGGAGCUCGAGGACUUGCUGAUUGCCAAGCGAUGCGACAGAUCCACUUGCCUGAUUGCGCUCGGCGGGGGCGUCGUCGGUGACCUCGUCGGUUACACGGCGGCCAGCUUUAUGCGCGGCGUUCCCGUCGUGCAGCUGCCAACCACGCUCCUUGCGAUGGUCGAUUCAAGCAUUGGUGGCAAGACGGGCUUGGACACCCCGCUGGGCAAGAAUCCGCUGGGCGCCUUCCACCAGCCGCACCGCAUCUACCUCAAUCUGCGCUUCCUCGAGUCGCUGCCCGACAGGCAGCUGUCCAACGGGAUGGCAGAGGUGAUCAAGACGGCAGCGUUCUGCGAUGCGCAAUUCUUCCAGUGGCUCGAGUCCAACGUUGAGCACGUCUUUGCGCGCAGUCCCGCAGCGCUCAAGCACGUCGUUCUCGAAUGCGCUGCCGUCAAGGCCCGCGUCGUGACCGAGGACGAGAAGGAAAUCACGGGCAUGCGCUCGUUGCUAAACUUUGGUCACACCAUUGGCCACGCCGUCGAGGCGCUCUGCCAGCCAGAAAUGCUUCACGGCGAGGCCGUCUCCAUCGGCAUGAUCAAGGAGGCCGAGAUUGCGCGGUCGCUGGGCUUGCUCUCACAGGCCAAUCUCGCACGCCUGUCGGAUUGCCUGGACGCGUACGAGCUACCCACGCAGUACCCAGCCGCGCGAUUGCCGCUCGAGCGCGUCAUGGCCGCAAUGGCAUUCGACAAGAAAAACCAAGGCGGCACCAAGUCUGUGGUGCUCCUAUCCGGCAUCGGCAGUGUCGUCACCCUUCCCAACCCUCAAAACAAGCGCAUCGGAGCAUCCCAAGUCACCGACGACACAAUCCGGCGCGUCUUGUCAUCGUAUGUCCAGGUCGUCCCUGGCGCAGUCCAAGCGCCCGUUGCGCCACCGCCGUCGUCUUCCGCCACCGCUGCUGCCACCGCUGCUGCUGCUGCUGCUACUACUACUACUACUGCUGCUACUCCUUUGGUUGCCGAGAGCGUAGUUCAGGUCCCCGGCUCAAAGUCCAUUUCCAACCGGGUCUUGUUGCUCGCUGCGCUGGGCACUGGAACCUGCCGAAUUCGGGGAUUGCUGCACUCAGACGACACGCGUGUCAUGCUGCAAGCGCUCAAAUCUCUUGGCGUGCAUAGCGAGUUUGAGAACGAAGGGACUGUUCUUGCCGUGCGCGGUGCUGAAGGAUUGCUGACUGCACCACAGGACGACAUUUAUCUGGGCAACGCCGGCACGGCCGCCCGGUUUUUGACGUCCGUUGCUGCUCUGGUCUGCUCGGCCGCUCCAACGGGCGGUACCUCUACAGCUCGCAGCCAUGUGGUUUUGACUGGCAAGCCGCGUAUGAAGGAGCGACCGAAUGGUCCGUUGAUUUCCGCUCUGGUGGCGAACGGCGCCAGCAUCGAGUGCCUCGAGAAGCCUGGGUGUUUGCCCAUUCGCGUGGCAUGCGCCCCGUCUGCCGGCUCGGGCACGUUGCGUGGUGGUGACGUUGAGCUGGCCGCGAACAUUUCAUCGCAGUACGUCUCGUCCCUGCUGAUCAGCGCGCCGUACACCCAACAGCCGGUUCGCCUCCGCCUUGUUGGUGGUGAGGUCGUGUCUCAGCUCUACAUUGACAUGACGCUGGCACUGAUGAAGGAUUUCGGCGUUCCAGUGGCCGCACCUGUCGCGGGCUCUGGCGCAGACCCAGUGUACCAGAUUCCCACCGCCAAGUACGCCAAUCCUCCCGAGUACGCGGUCGAAGGCGAUGCUUCCUCUGCCACCUACCCGCUGGCCAUUGCUGCCGUCACCGGAAAGAAGGUGACGGUCGCCAAUGUGGGCAAGCUGUCGCUGCAAGGGGAUGCGCAGUUCUGUCACCUGCUUGCACGAAUGGGCUGCACCGUUGAGCAGACGGACAUGACCACGACCGUGACUGGGCCAAGCGGCAUCGCCCCUCGACUCCGAGCUCUUGGCACGGUAGAUAUGGGAGACAUGACUGAUGCGUUCAUGACUCUCGCUGCAGUGUGUGCCAUUGCGGACGGCGUCACGUCCAUUCGCAACAUUGCCAACCAGCGCGUCAAAGAGUGCAACCGCAUUCUCGUCAUGCUGCAGGAGCUGACCAAGAUGGGAAUUCACGUUGUCGAGUUGGAGGAUGGCCUUGAGAUUCACGGGCGUCCCGCGAGCGAGCUGCAUGGCGCAACCAUUGUGUGCCACGACGACCACCGCAUUGCCAUGAGCUUUGCCGUGCUAGGGUGCGUUGUUCCGAACGUGAUUAUUAGCGAGCGAGCGUGCGUCGAAAAAACCUAUCCGGAAUUCUGGGACGACCUGACCUUGCAUUUGGGCGUGGGCGUGCAAGCUCCACUAAGCACGCCAGAGUCGCGAACGCCGACGGUCGACGCGAAUCGCCAGUCUUUGGCUGAAUUGCCCAUCGUCAUGGUUGGGAUGCGCGGCGCUGGCAAGUCGACCUUGGGUGCUGCGGUUGCUGCCCUCGACUCGCGCCAGUUUAUCGACUUGGACGAGCUGAUUGUCUCGACUGCACUUGGCGGCGUCAGUAUAUUGGACCACGUUGCAGCCCAUGGUUGGGAAAGCUUCCGCCGCGCCGAGACACAAACGCUGCGCGGUUUGCUCGUGCCCUUCCUUGAUGGCAGCGGUGCUACAACAACAACAACAACAGCAACAACAACAACGUUGUCGUCCGGCACCAGCCACUCCAAACCGCUGCUCAUUGCAUGUGGAGGUGGUGUUGUGGAGACGGAGGCCGCGCGACAACUGUUGGCUCAGUUUGGACGUGUCGUGUUGCUCCACCGUCACACGGAUGAUGUCGUGGCGUACCUUUUGAGCGACAAGACGCGCCCCACCUGGAAUGAACACCCGUCCGAUAUUUACGCACGACGUCUGCCGCUCUACCGCGCAUGUAGCCAGUACGAGUUUGUCAUUUCGCGCGGCGACUCGAAUUGGACGCGUAUUGCACGCGAGCUGCACGAGUUUGUGCGUUUCAUUUCGCAAACCGAUUCUGCCGCCGCGGGCUCGUCUCAGCUGUUGUACCCGUCGACGCAACCAUCGUGGCCCGCGGCAGGUCGACUGACUUCGCUGGAUUUGAUCAGACCGAACGGCUGGUUGCACCCCACCGAGGAGAUUCGCACUCCAACUGGCUUUCUGUCGCUAACCUUUGCAGAUUUGACCGAGCCUGCCUUGACCAAUGCUUUCCGUCCUAUUGUGGCGCAGAUUCAGCUCGAUCGCGCUCGUCAGGCUCAGGGUGUGCUCCGCCAAGAUGCGCUGUCCCGCCUCAUCCUGCCAUCCCGAGAUCCUGGGUCACUGACUGGAACAGACAUUCUGUCGGCCAUUUGCGAGCAGGGUGUGCAUGCCAUCGAGCUCCGGGUGGAUUUGUUGGACUGCUGGCGCGAUGCUACGGCGGUUGCCGAGCAGGUUGCGUGUUUGCGUCGCAUUACCCCACUCGGUCUGCCCAUCAUUUACACUGUCCGAAGUGUGCAGCAUGGCGGCAAGUUUGACGGAAAGGAGGCGGACUGGCUGCGGCUUACUCUCUUGGGCAUCCGUCUCGGCUGUGCCUACGUAGACGUGGAAACGACAUGGUCGGCAUCGGCCCGCGAAACCGUGCUGAAAGCCCUGUCUGCCGCCAACACGCGUGUGAUUGGGUCGUAUCACGUGCCGGUGGGAUGGGGCCAGGUGGAAUCCAUCGAGUCGUCAACGCCCGAUGCAGCAGUGCAUUUGCUGCGGCGGGCUGCUCCAGGUCUUUCCGGCCGUGUUCCCGUGCACCACUCUGCCUGGAAUGCCCUCCGAGGCCGAUUCGAGGAGGCGCGUCUUGGGGACCGUGCGCACAUUGUCAAGGUGAUUGCGCGGGCGGGCACUGUGGAGGACAAUUACGCGUUGGCCCAGCUUGCUGCCUCGAUUCAAGCGUGCGAACGAGACGUCAAGGCCAAGCCCAUUCCGACAUUGACGCUCUGUAUGGGCGACGCCGGCUCUCUGUCUCGUGCGACAAGCACCAUGAUGACACCUUUUACUCAUCCCUUGCUGCCGUUCAAAGCGGCCCCAGGACAGCUCUCGUUGCCGAGUCUGCACCAGCUCCGCAACCAGAUUGGCCUGCUUCCCCAACAGCAGUUUGUACUGCUUGGAAGCCCCAUUCAGCGCUCAAUGUCGCCCACUUUGCACAACGCGGCCUUUGACGCUGUGGGGCUUCCACACCGCUACUCGCUCUGCGAGACGAGCAGUGCCGAUGUUGCAGUGCAGAUCUUGCUCGGUGGAGCGACCUUGCAGCAAGAGCCGCUCGAGUUUGCGGGCGCACCAGUGCAUGGCGCCUCUGUGACAAUUCCGCUAAAGCAGGAUUUGGUUCCGCACAUGCAUUCGCUGUCCAAGGCAGCAGAGGUGAUUGGCGCCAUCAAUACUGUCUCUUGUCUCCCUGCUCCGGUCGGGCACUCUGCGCCCAAGUGGCUGCACGGCGACAACACGGAUUGGCUGGGCAUUUUGCAUUGCUUGGCGCGUGCGACGCAAUGGCCAGUUUCAGAGCACCUUCUCACGAAACCGGCGCGCUCUGCGCAUGGUGAGCAGCCGAUUUCUUCGUCUGCGUCCCGGACUGCGCUUGUUCUCGGUGCAGGCGGAACGGCGCGGGCUGCCAUGUAUGCAUUGGCCGCUUUCGGCAUGUCGACAGUGUACGUGCACAAUCGCACUGCUGCCAAUGCGGAGCAACUUGCGGCCGACUUUUCCUGGGCGUACAAGGUGGAGGUUGUUCAAGACCUUGCUCGCGAUCUUGUUCAGCGGGGUGUUGUUGUCAAUGUUGUGCUUGCGACCGUUCCGACUUCGGCCGGCGUCACCAUUCCGGACGCACUGCUGGAGCAAUCCACCCCGGCAACACCGCCUGUUGUUGUGCUGGAUGUGGCCUACAUUCCUCCGUCCACUGCUCUCCUGGAGCAGGCCGCGCGUCACAACUGCACGAUUAUUCGCGGGAUUGACAUGCUGAUUGAGCAAGGUUUUGCGCAGUUUGAGCUUUGGCACGCUCUUCCCGCUCCUCGCUCCUACAUUCGCUCUGUAGUAUUGGAUGCGUUUGAGCGUAUGUGCGAGAAGAGCUCGAGUUCUUGAAUGUUCCUUGCCGUGUAGUUUUGUGUUUUUUUUUUUU